CGAGAGGAAUCAAGAGAAACUCGUAACGGCAAAAAGGGCCAACCUUGGUCCCCCGCGAAGCGGGCAACGUAGGCGAACCUGUUUCGAUGCUCGCCGCUCGCGCGCGACACGAACACAGCCGACAAGUCAACGCCCAUCUCGCCGCUGACUGAACGAGUGAGCUCGCUCCAUGGAACACGGGACCGACCGCAAGAAUGCACGAAGCCCAUGUGGGUGCAUUGUAAUUUUGGAAGGGAUCCCGGGGACGUGAUGCUCGCGAAGGGAACGAAACGAGAGAUCUAGAGCAAUUUGGCAAACCCAAAAAUAUAUAAUCACGAAAGGAAACACACAGACACACAGAAUUGCAACAGAUCGAUCCUCCCCACCUUUCGCUCUCUCUCUCGCGCAAGUCAUUGACGUGAAGAAAGCCUUGAAAGAGACGCAGAGAGAGAGAGAGGCCGCGAGAUUUCGAGAUCCCCCAAUUCAUUCCUAUUGAUUGGUGAUGCAGUAGGAAUGAGAAAUUAGGAAUCUUGAAAUCGUUUCAGGGGGAGAGGGUGAGAUCGGCGCUUGAAGAACGAGAGGAGUUUUGUGCAGAUGGGGUGUACGUUUUCUGGGUUGAACGCGCUAUACGACGCCGUGAACGGGGGAGGGGACGUCUGGAUCAACGAGAACAGGUUCAGGAUCUUGAGGCAGCUCGGGGAAGGUGGGUUCGCGUUCGUGUUUCUGGUCAAGGAGGUGGUCAACGAUUCCUCCUCCGUCUCCGGUGGAGGUCUCGCCAAGAAAGUCAAGGACCCUUCUCAUCUUUCAGAUGAUGGCACUUACGCGAUGAAAAAAGUUCUCAUUCAGAAUGGUGAACAGUUGGAAUUGGUGAGGGAAGAGAUCCGUGUUUCAUCUCUGUUUAGUCACCCCAAUCUGCUUCCCCUUCUGGAUCACGCCAUCAUUGCUGUUAAGACUGCACAAGAAGGAUCCUGGAACCAUGAAGCAUAUUUGUUAUUUCCAGUUCAUCUGGAUGGAACUUUAUUCGAUAAUGCCAAAGCCAUGAAAGCAAAAAAGGAGUUCUUUUCAACCGCUGAUGUUCUUCAAAUAUUCCGACAGCUUUGUGCAGGACUUAAACAUAUGCACAGUUUGGAGCCACCUUAUGCACAUAAUGAUGUGAAACCUGGUAAUGUCCUCAUAACACAUAGGAAGGGACAACCUCCUCUUGCAAUAUUGAUGGAUUUUGGAAGCGCUCGACCUGCAAGGAGGCAAAUUCGCUCUCGUUCAGAAGCACUGCAGUUACAGGAGUGGGCUUCUGAGCAUUGUUCAGCACCUUUCCGGGCACCUGAGUUAUGGGAUUGCCCAAGCCAGGCAGACAUUGAUGAGAGAACUGAUAUUUGGUCUUUAGGAUGUACACUGUACGCAAUAAUGUAUGGGGUGUCUCCAUUUGAGUACGCCCUUGGAGAAUCCGGAGGAAGCCUACAAUUAGCAAUAGUCAAUGCGCAGGUGAAGUGGCCGGCUGGACCCAAUCCUCCAUAUCCAGAAGCGCUGCACCAGUUCGUGACGUGGAUGCUUCAGCCACAGGCAGCGAUCCGUCCGCGCAUCGAUGAUGUAAUAAUUCAUGUCGACAAGUUGAUCUCAAAGUUCUCUCAUUGAAGUUGCAUAGGGAUGAGAACGAUGUGGGAGUAGCGCUAGUUCUAGAGAAUGGUCAUUUAAACAGAGUCGGUAUAUCUGUCUCCUAUUUUUGCCUCUUUAAUCCUCUUCAAAGUGAUUGUCCAUGAAAGCAGUUUUUAACAGUUCGUGAUAAGAUAUUUCACUAAAGUAAAAGUUUGUCAGUUCCUGUAUCUGUAGUAUUCAUCAGCUAAUGCACUUGUUGAAUGGUCUUUUCCGCA